AUGAAGGUUGAAAUUGAUUCCUUUUCAGGUUCUAAAAUUUACCCAGGUAGAGGUACCUUGUUUGUCAGAGGAGACUCCAAGAUCUUCAGAUUCCAAUCCUCUAAGUCUGCUUCUUUAUUCCACCAAAGAAAGAACCCAAGAAGAAUUGCUUGGACCGUUUUAUUCAGAAGACAACACAAGAAGGGUAUUUCUGAAGAAACUUCCAAGAGAAGAACCAGAAAGUCCGUCAAGAACCAAAGAGCCAUCGUUGGUGCUUCUUUGGAAUUGAUCAAAGAAAGAAGAUCUCAAAAGCCAGCUGACAGAAAGGCUGCCAGAGAAACCAAGUUGGCCAAGGACAAGGAAGCCAAGAAGGCUGCCAAGGUCGCCAGAAAGGCUGAAAAGGCCAAGUCUGCUGCUGCCGGUGCCAAGGCUGGUGUCUCCAAGCAACAACAAAAGGGUGCUUUCCAAAAAGUCCACGCUACCUCCCGUUAA